UGAAACUAUUGCAAAAAUCGUCAAAGUUUUGCGAUAUUCCAAUUAAUAACAAGGCUGUACAUCGUGCCCCGGUGGAGGUUUGAAAAUAUAGCUGCGGCUUUCGGUUUGACCCGGUGUGGAAGUUACUCCCGGAAAAAAAGAACAUUAUCGUAUCCCAAAGCAUAGGAACUAACAUCGAUAUGACAUUAAUUUUGAUAACAGGAAUGCCAGGCGUCGGUAAAACAACCAUUGUACGAAACUUGGGAUUAGAACUUCAAAAACGCAAAAUUCCACUCGACGGUUUUUACACGGAAGAGUUAAGAAAUGCAUCCGGAGAACGUUCGGGAUUCGACAUAGUCACAUUUGAUGGUAAGAGAGCUCCGCUGGCACGUGUUAGCGAUACAACGAAGAAUUCGAGAGACCGUGUCGGCAAAUACGCUGUCUGCGUUGCGGAGUUUGAAUCCGUGGCCCUCCCGGCCCUGAAUUCCCGUUCCGCAAAUUUGCUGCUUUUGGACGAAAUCGGUAAAAUGGAAAUGAAAUCGAAAUCCUUCGCAGAACGUAUGCUACAAAUCACCGACGGUGUUGCCCGAGGUGGCAUAUUCUUCGUGGCUACGAUCCCCCUCAAGGCAACGUUGGACAUAGUUGAACGACUGAAGCGAACCAAAAAUGCGCAACUUUUCCACGUGACCGCAACAAAUAGGAACCAGAUCCAUCGCGACAUUCUAGAGGCGACUGUUCGGAUGAUCGGCAAGCAGCUUUAACUCAUGUGUGAAAUUUCAGAAUUUCUUAAUUAUGCUGUAUUUUCGAUAAUUAGUAUAAAUAGUCUUGAGUACCUAUUCGA